UCCACAACAGUGCUCUGGCAUCUGCUUUUGGUUGCACGUUUGCAGUCAGAAAGAAUCUUUGUACUUAGACAGAGUUAGACAGAUGGAGUCAGCACGCAGAUCUGGGAGAUUCAGAGUGGAGAGGGAUGUGCUUGAUGAACUGAAACUGGAAGAAGUAACACAGAGGAAAUCCUAUGCUGAUAUCCACUCUUCUCUAAGUGAGCAGCUAAAGAAUUCCUUAAGAUGCAACGUACCUUACCUCAAGCAAAGUAUAGUGAGCAGACUGCCUGUGUUAUACUGGCUCCCCAAGUACUCAGUCUGGGACUACGGCAUGCCAGACCUCAUCUCUGGGAUUAGUGUGGGCAUAAUGCACCUGCCACAAGGUAUGGCAUAUGCAUUACUGGCUUCUUUACCUCCUGUAUUUGGCCUGUACUCAUCACUCUACCCAGCACUGGUCUACUUCUUUUUUGGAACAUCACGCCAUGUUUCCAUAGGCACAUUUACGGUGCUCAGCAUCAUGGUGGGUAGUGUGACAGAAAGACUUGCUCCGGAUGUAGAUUUCCAGAAAGCGAAUGGGACCAACAUCACUGCAGAGGUAGAUGUGACUGCCAGGGACUCAUACAGGGUGCAAGUGGCAGCAGCUACUACUGUGCUAGGAGGACUUAUUCAGGUGCUACUGGGUGUGGUAAAGUUUGGAUUUGUGGGGACAUAUUUGUCUGAACCUCUGGUGCGAGCUUACACAACAGCUGCAGCUGCCCAUGCUGUCGUAGCACAACUGAAGUACGUCCUUGGAGUUUCCCCUACGCGGUUUAGUGGUCCGCUGUCAUUGGUGUAUACUCUGAAGGAUGUUUGCUCUUUGCUGCCAAACACUCAUCUUCCCACACUGCUGGUCAGCGCUGUGACUAUAGUGCUUUUAAUUGCAGCCAAGGAGCUCAACUCAUUUCUCAGUUCAAAGCUGCCAGUUCCCAUCCCAGUGGAGCUUAUCACGAUUGUGGCAGGGACACUGAUAUCCUCCUAUGCCCACUUGAACACCAACUACACAAUUUCAGUUGUUGGAGAAAUUCCUAGUGGUUUAAGCUCCCCCAGUGUACCAGAUGUGAGUCUUUUCGGAGAAGUUAUCCGUGAUGCUUUUGCACUGGCCAUUGUUGGAUACGCCAUAACUAUUUCCCUCGGAAAAACAUUUGCACUAAAACAUGGAUACAAGGUGGACAGUAACCAGGAGCUUGUGGCGCUGGGUCUGAGUAAUACAGUCGGAGGCUUCUUUCAGUGCUUCUCUGUCUGCUCCUCCAUGUCUCGAAGUCUAAUACAAGACACAACUGGGGGCAAAACACAAAUGGCUGGAGUUGCCUCAUCUCUAAUUGUGUUAGUGACCAUACUUAAACUUGGGACACUGUUCCAGGAACUGCCAAAGGCCGUCCUAUCAGCAAUUGUGUUUGUAAAUUUGAAAGGGAUGUUCAAGCAGUACUAUGACAUUGUUACACUGUGGAGGAGCAGCAAGAUCGACCUGGUGGUUUGGUUGGUCACCUGGGUAUCAACACUGCUCCUCAAUCUGGAUCUGGGUCUGGCAGCAUCCGUCACCUUUGCUUUGUUUACGGUUAUCUUCAGGACUCAGCUGCCGGCAUACUCUGUUCUGGGAAAUAUUCCAGGUACAGAGCUCUAUGUGGAUAUAGAAACGCACAGAGAGGCAAGAGGGAUUCCAGGUGUUACUAUAUUCCGUUCGUCUGCUACAGUUUAUUUCGCCAAUGCUGAUCUCUACCUGGAAGCCCUGAAAGAAAAGAGCGGGCUUAACAUCAGCAAAAUGAUUAUCUACAAAAGGAGGCAGGAGGCUAAACAGAAACGAAGAGAAAGACGGGCUGAGAGACGGGCAAAGAGGCAGGCCAAGAGAGAGAGACGAGCACAGAGGGCAGCUAGAGAGCUUUCAGAGUUCUCUGUGGAGGAAGAGAGUGGCUGUUGGAGAGACACAUCCAUAGAUGGGACCGUUACAGUGGAGGACGAGCCGGGUGGGACAGAGAGGGAAAACGGGACAGUGUUUGUCAUCCCAACCACUCCCCGAACACUAGACGGUAGAUGGGAAUACCUCAAAGGAGGAGAUCCAGAUUGCACCAGCUUAGGAUGGAUGUCUGAGCUGCAGGAUGGGGACACCACCACGCUGGGCUCGAGCAGUGAGGACACCUUGAGCCACGAUCUUGAGCGGGUCUCUCUGGGUUCCCUGGGCAAAUGGACCUGGGAUAUUCAUUCCAUCAUUCUUGACCUCUCCACAGCUAACUUCAUUGACACAGUGGCUAUCAAGACCAUGAAAAAUAUUUUCCAGGACUUCAGUGAGAUUGAUGUAGAUAUCUACAUGGCUGGUUGUCAAGCCUCUGUGGUGGAACAAUUAGAGCAUGGUGACUUCUUCUCUGAGAAAAUAACAAAGAGACGUCUUUUUGCCUCCGUACACGACGCUGUGCUCCACUGUCUAAACCAUCGUGGAGCGACGACCAUCCCAACAUAUGAGCCGUCAGUGGAGCUGCCUACCAGCACGAAACUUUAAGGCCUUCAUUCAAACUCAUAUGGAAAAACGUUGACUAGAAGGAAUAAUGAAUUUAUGCAAUAUCAAUUUAUUACUUUAUGAGCUAUCCCACUGUGUGAUAAGGGUGUCUCCUUCAGUUUCUUGCUGACUUGAUUCGAUAUUCAUACAGUUUUUUUAUUUAACUUAUAUAAAAGAAAGACUAGUGUUCAAGACAGAAGAGCUCACUUUAUUUUAUUCAAUGUAGGAGAGUGAGAGUGCAUUCAAAAAUAAAUACAUAAUAAAUAAAAUGGAAUCUGGACAAUA